ACCUCUGGUCACUCUGUCAAGAUUGUUUCGCUCUGCAUCUUUUCGUAGUUUUCUGAUUUCUGUCAUAGUUUAUGUGAAUUUAAAUUAAUAACAUAAACAAUUUGCAUUUGCUAUAUAUCAGCAUGCCGAAGUACUAUUGCGACUACUGCGACACAUAUUUGACGCACGAUUCGCCGUCUGUGCGCAAAACACACUGCACGGGCCGCAAGCAUCGCGACAAUGUGAAAUUCUACUAUCAAAAAUGGAUGGAGGAGCAGGCUCAACAUUUGAUUGAUGCCACCACAGCGGCAUUCAAGGCAGGCAAGAUAACAAACAAUCCAUUUGCCGGACCCACACCUGGUAGCAAGCCCACUGGAGUUUCGAUACCGCCACCGAAUAUGGGAGCACCACCACGACCAGGAAUGCCAAAUAUGCCGCCUUACAUGCCACCAAUGAUGAAUCCACUAAUGGCACCAACAGGCAUUCGUCCGCCACCCAUUCUUAACCCAAUGGCUAUGAUGGGUCCACCACCGCCGCUGGGACAACUUCCGCCGCCUAUAAUGAACGGACCCAAAUAGAACGAAAUAUUUUAAUUAAGUAAAAUUGUAAACAUAGCUAAGAUCAUUUGCAAAUACACUAAAAAUGCGUAUAAACUGUAAACUUGAAAUGGACUAAAAAAUA